GAAUGUGGGGCCCCAGGCCUGGUUAGGAAAGUCCUGGAGACGCCCGGCCUAGGGCUCAGGCUGGAGAUUGGCUCAGAUUCGUGGCCUACUGGCUGAGGCUAGGAGGCCUGACAUGCGUCAGCAUGGUUCUGGAACUCUACAUGGACCUGCUAUCCGCGUCCUGUCGUGCCGUUUACAUCUUUGCCAGGAAGAACAGCAUCCCCUUUGAUUUCCAAUUUGUGGAUCUGCUGAAAGGUCACCACCACAGCAAGGAAUACAUUGAGAUCAAUCCCUUGAGAAAGGUGCCCAGCAUGAAAGAUGGAAAAUUUAUCUUAUCUGAAAGUGUGGCCAUCCUCUGUUACCUGUGCCGCAAGUAUAGUGCACCCUCGCACUGGUACCCACCAGACCUGCAUAUGCGUGCCCGUGUAGAUGAGUUCAUGGCCUGGCAGCACACAGCCAUUCAGCUGCCCAUGAGCAAGUUACUCUGGAUUAAGCUUUUGAUCCCAAUGAUCACAGGUGAAGAGGUUCCAGCUGAGAAGGUAGAGCAGACGCUAGCAGAGGCAAACAAUAGCCUGCAGCAAUUUGAGGAGAAAUUUCUGCAGGACAGGCUGUUCAUUACUGGGGACCACAUCUCACUGGCUGACCUGGUGGCCCUUGUGGAGAUGAUGCAGCCCAUAGGGAGCAACCAUAAUGUCUUCCUCAACAGUCCCAAGCUGGCUGAAUGGCGCAUGAGAGUGGAGCUGGCCAUUGGCUCUGCCCUUUUCUGGGAGGCCCAUGACAGAUUGAUGAAUUUAGUAGACUGGGACUGUUCAACAUUGGAUCCAACAGUCAAAGACAGGAUCUGUGAGUUGCUGCAGACGUUCAAGUAGAAACAGCCCGUCCUGUAGGCCCUCGUUGAUUAGCUCUUUGGGUCUCCUACCUUAGGGAAGAUGCUGAAGCAACACCACUUAUUUGCCUAAUAAAGAACUGGAAUAAUAAAGAACCUAAUAAAGAACCUUAUUUGCCUAAUAAAGAACCACCAUGC